CACCGGAACCCGUCUGCGCUCUGUAUUCACGGACAAUGCUCGUACGACUGCUCACGAUCCUUUGGCUAUGGGUGCUGGGCUUUGCCCUGGGCGAGGAAUAUGGCUUGGAAGAUCGUAACAAUUUCGAAGAUCAUCCCGAUGUCAAGCGUGUCCCAAUGAUCGCAUACAGUUUAUCCCAGCCAUAUCUAGAUUCAGAUUCUGAAAACCGAUGGUUCGAUUUUGGUGGUGAUACCGUUAUCCGUACCGAUCGAUAUAUCCGCCUUACGCCCGAUCGACAAUCGCGACAAGGCUGGCUGUUCUCGCGCGUCCCGUUAACCGCGACCAAUUGGCAGGUAGAAAUUGAGUUCAGGAUUGACGGCCAAGGAACCCUUCAUGGAGAUGGCAUGGCAAUAUGGCUUACCAAACAACGAGCAACGAAAGGCCCUGUUUUUGGAUUCAUGGACAAAUUCGAAGGAUUGGGUAUCUUCAUCGACACCUACAAGAAUAACCGGGGAAACCCUGCGUUCCCCUAUGUCAUGGCUAUGCUAGGCGAUGGCCAGGUGUCGUAUGACCAGGCGCAGGAUGGCAAACCCAAUGAGCUUGCUGGAUGCUCGGCUCGAGGGAUCCGCGGUGCGUCCGUCGCUACAAAGGCUCGAAUAACCUACUUCCAAGACAAAUUCCUCUCCCUCGACCUGCAAUAUAAAUCAGACCUCUCCUGGACUUCUUGCUUCACCGUUGAAGCUUCUGAGGAGCAAUCUAUAAACAUCCCCACAGUCGCCUACCUCGGAGUGUCCGCCGAGACCGGCGAACUCAGCGACAACCAUGACAUCAUAUCUAUCGACACCUAUUCGCUCUACAACAAGGCGCCCACAGACCAAGUUCCCAUCUCCAGGGGCGCCGGUAAGAAGACAAGUUCCAAGGCCGGAAAGGGAGCCGCUUAUAGCAGGGGUGGCGAUGAUGGUAGUGGUGGAUGGUUAUGGUUUUUAUUUAAGAUCAUUAUGUUCCUAGCUCUUGUUGUUGCGGCGUAUGUUGGCUUCACGGCUUUUAGAGCCAGUCAAAAACGGAGGUUUUGAUUUUUGAUCUGUGAUUUUCCCCAGACUUGCUUUGAUACAUGAUAGCGGACGUUGUUUCUCUCCCCCUUCCCUCCACUCACACCUUAAAUCUUUAUAUAUCCAUCUUUCCUUGUGUUUGCACGAAUACUAUCAGGUUUAGUUGCGUUUGCGUUGAGUGCAGCCAUUGUUUCUCUAUGCAUCAUAUAUAUUAUUUUUCUUAUGUCUCUCAAUCUCCCGCUUGCUGCUUUCCCCAUCACCUUCUCUCCAUUUUCCUUGUAUUAUUUUUAUUCUUGCUCUCUUAUACCGCCUCUCAAAAAUACCUCCUAUGCUGUUCACACUUGGAUGAAGGAAGCAGGACCAAUUUUCUUACAUUC